AUGGCAGGUCUUAAGGCAGGAGGGCAGAUGCCAUAUUGUGAACUAUGUAUUUCCAAGACUUGUGUCUGGACAAGGAAAGAGAUAUAUAGAGUAAGAGAACAGAGUUUAGAAUUUAUUUAUCAUAAUAUUGUAUAAAUUUUAUCUAGAGAAUUUAAACCAGUCCUCAAAUCCAAUCUCAAUUUUUUAAAGUCUAUCUUCUUUGUCAGAAUUUGUGCUGCAAACUUGCUUAUUUGAAUUAUCUCACGCAAUGCUCAGAAGAUCAUAGUUAGGUUCUCUAUAGAGGUGUCCUCUUGGAUAUCUUAGAAAUCAUUUUCUAGAUGUGCUUCAACUUUUUCUUUGGCUAUAUUUUUGUAGUUUCCAGAGCAUGUAUGUUACAUCUGCAAAAUAUCAUUCACUACUCAAGAUCCAGAUGAUAAAACAGUAUUUGGCUACGUGUGCAGACCAGCUAACCCCUCUGAAAACAAUUAUGAGCUUUAUGCUUUUAAGUCCGAAGAAGUAAGUAAAACCAAAAAGGGCCUUGUGAUAACUUAGCUGAAUUAUUAGGAAUUCAUAUAGCCUGUUUAUUUAUGGACGAGUUUACCGUGGGAAUGUUGUCUUCUUUAAAGAAAAACAAUAUGCAAGACCAGGCUUUGGACUUUGUAAGGGUUCUUUCAUCAGAACCAAUUAAGGUUGCCCGGUGAUUAAGAUGUCAGAUAGAGAGAGCUCAAGUUGUGAAAGCAAAUGGAUUUGUUUCAAGGAUUGCAGAGUGGUAGCAUAUAUAAUCUUAGAAUGGAGGCAUGUUUGACAGACAACCCCUUGGAAAUAAGUUUGAUUUGAUCCCUAGGACGUCCCUUGGCGCGGUUCUGUCUCUACAGGAAUUAGUAUCAAUCUGUUUGGUACUCAGGUUGCGUUAAAGUAGCAAAAUAACUCCUUUUCACCGUAGCGGUGAAGGUUUUAAACUUUAAGAAAAAAAGGCCGUGAAUCGACCAGAAUACCUGCAGACACUGUAAUUUCAGAAGUACAAAGAAAUUUUUUAUGACAUCAUUACAUUUGAACCCCAAAAAGUUAUCUUCCUUUGCCAAAGUUCUACGGAAGGAAAGGUAUUCCAUGUGAUACCCAAAUCAGACAGACAUAUUUCAGCAAACGCAUAAACAUUUGAGAAUGAAGGGUUCAUACGUUCUUAGUUACACAUUUCUCUUUGAUGAUUUAGGAUGAUUACAAGGGUAAAAUAUUACGAAUGUAUCGGCCAUUUUUGAAAAUGAAGUAACUAGCCAAUUUGUUUGGUGCAGUUUUACCCCUUGUCUUGGAGGUGAAAUUUCUUUCUUCAGACAAAAACCCUUCAUUUAUUAUACAGAUUACAACUUUAAGACUCUCGAGUGCAUGUCUCGAUGAGUUGCGAGCUUUUAAUAUAUUGCAUAACGUUUUUGCUCUUCAGGCCGAGGUUAUCAUUAAAACCUUGAGGAAAUAUAUAGGACCUACGACUAAUAUCAUGACAAAGGCGACCGGAUCAUUAGAUGGUAUGUACUACUGAGCCAAAGUACCCCAUGUACGUUAUUUAAUAGCUAGCCAGGUUAGUUUUGUACUACAUAAAUGACCUAUUGAUUUCCUUGUCGCCUGAGUCUGUUUUCGGGCGCGCAUCUCUUCGAUAUCAGCUCACUCUUGUGCAGGAUUGUCAUUAGUUACAAAGUGCUUAUCAUCACCAUCAUAACUUUCAUCAUUGUUAUUUUUUAUCCAUCUUGUCAAUCUAAUCAGACACAAUCCUUCACGUGACUUAAGGGCACGUGCAUAACGGAGGCGUCUAAACACUUACAUGAAGGUGCUCUGUUUAAGAGCAGUCUGAGUACACGCAGAUAAACAUCCAGUUGGAUGUUGCUAUAAGUGCCACUCAGUUUACUUAGUCAAACAACAAGUGAUGAAGGAUAACUUAAAACUGGGUUUGAUUCAUUUUUAGGUAGGAAGAAUGAUAAAAUAACAGAUGAUAAUCUUAAUGGUCUUGAAGUUGGAUAAGUGGUAGAGAUCCUCUGGCCAAUAGUAUUCAUGAUAUUUUUCAUUGUUUUAAGAGCAUCGAUGGAUCAUCUGAUUCGGUUGUAACUCGACUUCUUUUAUCAAUUGACACAGAAGCCAAAAACCUGAAAUACUCUGAUUAAUAGUCUGCCUUUGAAAAGAGUAAAUUACAAAACUAUUUACGCUUUCUUAUUCGUCUCAAUUCCUUCUUUUAACUUAAAGAAUACUCAAACUUAUCAGGUGGAUGUUUUUAUCUUGAUCAAAUGCUAAGUUCUCUUAGUAAAUAUACAGGGAAAUGUGUAGCUCUUAGAGGGGAAAAUUAACAAUCAGAUCUUGGGAGUUAAAGGGUUAAUCUAAUGAACAUUCAAAGAGGACUUCAAUUACUUGAUUGCCUUUGUUUUGAUUUAAAGUAGAAAGAGUUCUGUUUUGUUUCCUUGUCGAGUUUACGCCCCCAUUUUCCAGAUACUGUUGUUCACAGUUUGAAGUACUUACUUGGCUAGCAUUCCUGAUAAAUCAGUUACAAUUACACGAGAAUUAUACCCCUAUAGUAGUAGACCCCUUAAGUAUCGAGGCAGUUAAAGUUAGGAGAUCUAAGGAGUUAGAUCAGAGUUUUUUUUACAUAAGAUGUUUCAAGUAAUGGAAAGUUGCAGUUUUUCUAAGCCCUUAAAGACAGAAUCAGACGUGAGUUCCAGCCUAUUGUAUUUGGUUUCGUUUUCCUUUCGAUUCCGCUUCUUUUGAAAUUAGCCUUAGCCCAUUUUUUAAUCUUGUACAUCGCAAUUUCCCCUUUUAGUUUUAACGGCAUGUGUAUGAUAGUCAGAAGAUAGCAUUAAACGUUGUUGAAUCAACUUGUGUUGUCGAUUCCUACACUGUGGUUGACACUCCCCGAACUCCAGUGCACAACACCCCGUGUCCGCUGCAUUAGGUACGCGACAGUUAAACAGAGGAAAAUGCAAAUCAACCCCACGUGGCAAGCUUUUUUUUUUUAUCCUCUUAGAGUGAAAAUAAGGGAGAAAUAAUGUCCUAUGGGUAGAAGAAACUUUUAAGCUAAAGAAAGAAAUAUCCAUUUCAGAUGAUCAUAAUUUCUUAUAAUGAUAUCUUUGGACAGGAGAAUCUAAGGAACGUGUACAAUCUGCCACACAUUUAACUUCUCACCGAUCAGCAAAAUCUAAAGAUGAAGUGAAGCAGUUAGAGCAAGGAGCACGUAGAAGUAAUGGAUCUGUAGUAACAGCCAAAUAUGUCUCGGAUAGAACGUCAAGUGAAAUUUCAGAUGCUGUGAAAGUGGAUAUGGUAAAGGAAGUGUCUUCCGAACACCUUUCAGAAAAGCCGUAUGCGCACUCGCAUGCAUCCGCAAUGCCCAGAAAUGAUUUGGCAGUUAACAAAGGAAGUGGUUGGUACUUAGUAUAUUUUUGUUAAUUUUUGGAAUCAAUUAAAUGUAAAUUCAAUGCUGAUUUGUAACCAUAGUCAAACCUGUAUUAAGGGCUGGUUUUCAGUCUCGAAAUUCUGAAAAAAGAAAUAUCCAUUUCAAAUGAUCAUAAUUUCUUAUAAUGAUAUCUUUGGACAGGAGAAUCUAAGGAACGUGUACAAUCUGCCACACAAUUAACUUCUCACCGAUCAGCAAAAUCUAAAGAUGAAGUGAAGCAGUUAGAGCAAGGAGCACGUAGAAAUAAUGGAUCUGUAGUAACAGCCAAAUAUGUCUCGGAUAGAAAGUCAAGUGAAAUUUCAGAUGCUGUGAAAGUGGAUAUGGUAAAGGAAGUGUCUUCCGAACACCUUUCAGAAAAGCCGUAUGCGCACUCGCAUGCAUCCGCAAUGCCCAGAAAUGAUUUGGCAGUUAACAAAGGAAGUGGUUGGUACUUAAUAUAUUUUUGUUAAUUUUUGGAAUCAAUUAAAUGUAAAUUCAAUGCUGAUUUGUAACCAUAGUCAAACCUGUAUUAAGGGCUUGUUUUCAGUCUCGAAGUUCUGAAAAAAGAAAUAUCCAUUUCAGAUGAUCAUAAUUUCUUAUAAUGAUAUCUUUGGACAGGAGAAUCUAAGGAACGUGUACAAUCUGCCACACAUUUAACUUCUCACCGAUCAGCAAAAUCUAAAGAUGAAGUGAAGCAGUUAGAGCAAGGAGCACGUAGAAAUAAUGGAUCUGUAGUAACAGCCAAAUAUGUCUCGGAUAGAAAGUCAAGUGAAAUUUCAGAUGCUGUGAAAGUGGAUAUGGUAAAGGAAAUGUCUUCCGAACACCUUUCAAAAAAGCCGUAUGCGCACUCGCAUGCAUCCGCAAUGCCCAGAAAUGAUUUGGCAGUUAACAAAGGAAGUGGUUGGUACUUAGUAUAUUUUUGUUAAUUUUUGGAAUCAAUUAAAUGUAUAUUCAAUGCUGAUUUGUAACCAUAGUCAAACCUGUAUUAAGGGCUGGUUUUCAGUCUCGAAAUUCUGAAAAAAGAAAUAUCCAUUUCAGAUGAUCAUAAUUUCUUAUAAUGAUAUCUUUGGACAGGAGAAUCUAAGGAACGUGUACAAUCUGCCACACAAUUAACUUCUCACCGAUCAGCAAAAUCUAAAGAUGAAGUGAAGCAGUUAGAGCAAGGAGCACGUAGAAAUAAUGGAUCUGUAGUAACAGCCAAAUAUGUCUCGGAUAGAAAGUCAAGUGAAAUUUCAGAUGCUGUGAAAGUGGAUAUGGUAAAGGAAAUGUCUUCCGAACACCUUUCAGAAAAGCCGUAUGCGCACUCGCAUGCAUCCGCAAUGCCCAGAAAUGAUUUGGCAGUUAACAAAGGAAGUGGUUGGUACUCAAUAUCUUUUUGUUAAAUUUUUGGAAUCAAUUAAAUGUAUAUUCAAUGCUGAUUUGUAACCAUAGCCAAACCUGUAUUAAGGGCUGGUUUUCAGUCUCGAAAUUCUUGAACAUUGUGAUUUUCAUCUUUUUUAAGCAAUUAUGUUCACCCUUUACUUGAGUCCCAACAGCCUGUUGGUAUUGCUUCCUACCUGUAUUGAAUGGUCACUUAAAGAGGGACCACUCAAAUAAACUAAGAAUAAUCUUUCAAGAAAAAUUUAAUCCAUGUUCAUCUUCGUUAAAACAAUUAGUAGUAUUUUUGAGCAAGUUCUCGUAGAAUCAGUGGUCAAUUGUAGAAUGAAAUGGAGUUUUGUACAAAACCCUUUUUCUGUGGAACCUGCUAUUCCCUGUGGGUGACCGCUUAAUACAGGUUCAAUUGUGUAAUGCUGUUGUAAAAUUUUCAAUGGAAAUGCAUGUACUGUAGUGUUGCUGGUGACAGACUCCCUCUAAUAAGGAAGCAUCAAGAGAUGUCUCAAGUCGUCUUCAGAAUCAACCUAUUUACUGCGAGUCUUUGUAGUUUAGCAAUUUUGAAUUGUGUAUUGCAGCCAUCAGGCUGCUUAUUUAUCACGAAAUGCAGACACAGAAGAUGAUUCAGUUUACAGAGCAUUUAGGCUCAUAUUUUUCUCCCCUAUUCUGCUAAUUUUAUUUUCCCUUUGAUAUUCUCAAGUCAAAGGAUACCUGGCAAAAUAAUUUUUAAUUUUUGUUAAGUAUUGAUAUGUUUCUUAGCUAUUGCUAGAAUAAAUUUGAAGUAUAGAGAAAAUGUACAACAAAGAGCUGUAAGGAACUAAUCCAAGUGGGGACCCACUCUUACAAGGCUGAACAACAAAUGAGAUGUGCAUAGAAAAAAAACACAAUUGGCACUCUGCCCAUAGGCUUGACUAGACCUAUACAUUUUUACUCGAAGUAAAAAUUUUACUUAAGCUUGUAAAGCGAUAGAGGGUUUAGGAGGAUGUAGGAGUGGCUUUUUUAUGUGAAAGUUUAUCACAACUGUAAUGGUAAAGGUAAAGUCUGUACUCAAGCCAAGUAGCCCACUAAGCGGGAGCUUAUUCCAGUUUCCUUAACGUGAAGUGACUAGCAGCAUCACUUCACCCCCGUGAUGGGAUGCUAGCCCAAGGCAAGGUUACCCCCCAGAAUUUUAUUAAGCUUCCCUGACAACAUGCUGGUACCUAUUUACAACAUGUAUACUCCUGGGUGAAGAGAGGCACUAAGAGAAUAAAGUGUUUUGCCCAAGAUCACAACACAUUGGGCCAGGGGCCCGUUUCUUCAAAUUUCUGCCAACCUAACGGGCCUGAAGCCAUAUUUUAAGAUCAAAAGUAAGAGAAUAGAGAAGCAGGCUCUGACGCCCAAACCAGUCCACUUUGUUUCUUUAGCUGAAAGUUUUAUUGUAUAAUUCUGAAAACUUUUGAAACUCCCAUCUUGAAUGAAAACAGAACAGCGGUAUGGGCCCGUUGACAUGUGGUUACCGAGAAACAGGCCCCGGGUCUCGAACCCAGAGUCCAGCACACUAACCUUAUAGGCUAACAUGUCUUUCACGAUCACAACUAUAAUAAGGUUUGAACUGUCGACAGUUUGCAACCGGUUAAGCAUGAUUUUACUAGUGACCAGAAAUUGUUGUAAUAGUAAAAUUUUUCCUGCAGGUGGCAAUGGUAUCAUGUCAGUUGAUAACCGUUAUGGUUUGGAGGUUGGAUCUAUGGUAGAGGUUCCCAGGAUGGAGGGUGUUCCAAGAUAUGGUGUCAUUCGCUGGAUGGGAAAUAUUCCACAAGUGAAGGAAAAGCUGGUAGCAGUUCUGGAAUUGGUGAGUGAGAUUUAUCAGGCUCAGGCAGAGUAA